AUGUCUGUGAACACGUCCUCUCCCGCUCUGGAGACUGACCCAUGCGAUCCCUACACCACGGCCUGGUUGUGGCUCUCCUACCUCCAGCCGUUCUUCCUGACCCUGGUAACCGCUGUCGGCCUGCCGGGGAACCUCAUGGUGCUGGUGGUCUUCUGCCUCCAGACCAAACCUUGCACCGUCGCCGACAUCUACCUGGGGAACCUGGCCGCUGCAGACCUCAUGCUAAUGUCCUGCCUCCCCUUCUGGGCCCUCACCAUCUUCCAAGGACACCGCUGGGACUUUGGAGAACUUCUGUGCAAACUCGUCAACGUCGUCAUCUCCAUGAACUACAUCUGCAGCAUCUUCUUCCUCACUCUCAUCUGCGUGGAUCGGUACUUUGCCCUGGUCAAACCCAUGACCCCCAGCCCGUUCCGAAGGCGCUCUUGGGCCAGACGUUUCUGCCUGCUCAUCUGGUUUCUCGGCUUCCUUUUCAGCCUCCCCAUCCUGAUCUACCGCACCGUCAGCUACGUCAAAGAUCCAGGAGUUCACGCCUGCAUCUUGGCUUACCCUCACCCUGAAUGGACGGUGUACCAAAACCUUUCGCGAAACGUCUUGUGCUUCGUUCUCCCCGUCUUGCUGAUGACGCACUGCACCCGUCACAUCGUCGCGUCUCUCAAAGAUGGAGGGAUGCUAGGUCUGCCCAGUUUGCGAGCCGAGAAGAAGGCCACCCACCUGGUUUUGGCUGUGCUCCUGGUGUUCAUGGUGUGUUGGGGUCCUUACCAGCUCAUGCGAUUCCUGGACACCUUGGACUACUUUGACUUGACUCCCGGUUGCCUCUGGGGUCACGUUUUGGACAUAGGGAUAGAGUUGUCGACGUAUCUGGCGUACAGCAACAGUGCCAUCAACCCUCUGCUCUUGGUGAUAGUUGGGAGAGACUUUCGACGAAGGGUGGGGGAGGUUUUUGGGAGGCGGGUGAGGCGAGGCACCAAAGGAUCGCUGUACCACACGGUCAGCUAUUCGUCUGUGAACAGAAUCAAUGACACACAUCGCAUCAGCCUGGACAAAAACUGUGGAAUCUAUACCAUCUCUUAG